ACAAAAAAGAAACUGAACAAAUUUAUGAUUACAAAAGAAUUGUUUAUAAUGAAAUUGUAGAAUAAUUCCCAAGUGCUCAUCCAUAACUGAAAUCUUACACUACAAUGCCGGACAAAAGCUCAAAGAAUAAAUACACUGUGUCAUGUUCAUGUCUGAAUUCAGAGAGAAACACAUCCAUUAUCCAUUAUUAUAAUCAAAUAUCAUCAUAAAGCAAAAUGCAGGGGGCACAACAUAAUUUUCGUCAAGCCAAAGAUAGGGAUUAGAUCCUUGCCAUCAAAAUCCGUAUAUCUGCUAACCCUAACCUCUAAAGGCUACGAACAAACUUUAAAAAAGAAGCAAAUAUAUACCGGAUCCUAACAGUGAAAAAGAUGUCGAUCACCUCUUAACACUAUGCACUAUGUCUGUGCUUUUCAUGGUUUGAUUAAACAAGACUGUAAUGAAGAACCCUGAGUUACGAAGCAAUGCAUAUAUGCUGAUCUUAAGGAAGAGAAAGCUCCAGAUUUGGUGGUGGAUAAAAAAUCAGGCAAAAGCUUAGUAGGAGUGACACUGGUGAGAGUAAAAAGCAGUGUUCUGAUCUUUAAAAACCCACAUCCAACCAACUUCUAUAUAGCUGCCUUCACCACACUUCAAUCCUACUUUGAGAACGAAGCUUCAACAAUUAAUGGCAACAACUUCUUCCUCUGUUCUCCUUCCUCUUCUCUUCUAUCUUACUAUCCUUUGCCCAGUGAUAGAUGGAGCUCAGCUCGUAGUUGUGAACAACUGCACGGAAAGUGUGUGGCCUGGAAUACUGGGUAGCACCGGCCGACCAACACCAAGGGACGGAGGGUUUCACCUCGAAAGCGGAGAAGAAGUAAUACUCGACGUCCCGGAGAAAUGGUCCGGUCGAAUUUGGGGAAGGCAGCAUUGCGCCUUUAACAACACGGGCCACGGAUCAUGCCUAACCGGCGAUUGCGCGGGGAAACUCCAAUGCAGAGGCAAAUCAGGCAAUCCUCCGGCAACAGUGAUCGAAAUGACUCUGGGAUCGUCCUCUUCUCCGCUGCAUUUCUACGAUGUGAGUCUGGUGGAUGGAUUCAACUUGCCCGUUUCGAUGAAACCGAUCGGAGGCGGAAGAGGCUGCGGCGUGGCGGCGUGCGAGGUGGAUCUGAACUUCUGCUGUCCAUCGGCUUUGGAAUUGAAGGUGGGAGGAAAUGUUGUGGGAUGUAAGAGUGCUUGUUUGGCAACUAAAUCGGCGAAGCAUUGUUGUACUGGGAAAUUCGCAGAUCCCAAGGCUUGCAAGCCGACUCUAUCAGCUCAUAUCUUUAAGGCUAUAUGCCCAAGCGCAUAUAGCUAUGCUUACGAUGAUUCUGGAAGUCUCCAUAGUUGCAGAGCUUCCAGGUAUCUCAUCACUUUCUGCCCUACCAAGUAGAAGCUGGAAUGCUGAACUGCCAUUAGAUCUGCAUACGUUUCUAUGCUGAUCUCCGACUUUUGUUGUAAGUCAUAAUCGAAACUUUUCGAUUUAGCAUCAU